AUGAAGUACAUUGAUGAAAUAGAUUUAGAACUAGUUAAUCAAGAAUUAAAUUUCAAAGUCCCAGAUAAUAAUCUAAGUAUAAGAGGAGGGUGUGAAUUAUUUACAACAAAACCAAUAGGAUCAGAUAGAAAAUUAUUUAAAACUAUUGAUAAACAUUUAAAUCAAAUAAUAGAAGAUAAUGAAUUAUCAAGAUCAUUAGAAAAAGAAAGACAAAGUUCUAUAGGCUCAUUAUUUGGAAUUAGUGGUAGUCCAAUUGAUAUAAGAAUUAACAAUAAUCAAUUUAUAAAUGAAAGAAAAAGAAGAUCAAGUUCAAAUCUGGGGAAAUUAAAUUUUCAAAAAAAUUCAAUAACAAGUAAUACAACUGAUGAUGAUACUGCUAGUAAUACAUCAUUAUUAUCAAAAUCUUUAAAUAAUGAUGAUAGUAUAAUCGAACCUCAAGAUGUUCCAAUAGAUGAAUCACCAUUUGGACCUUUAAAAAGUACAUCAACAAGAAGAACUUUUGCAUAUUUAAUUGCAAUAUUAAAUAAUACAUUUCCUGAUCAAGAUUUUUCAAGUUUACAACCAACUUAUGAAAAUUUUUAUAAAAUUGAAACUUCAGAAGAUUUAAUUCAAAAAUUUAAUAAUUUAUUAAUUUCUUUGGGAAAAAAGGAAGAUAUCUUGAACUGGAUUUGGGAUAUAAUAAAUUCUUAUAUGGAAGUUAUACCUUCAAAAAAUUCAUCUCCAUAUUUAUCAGGAUUAAGUGGUAGUCCCACAGAUACAAAUGGUCAUAAUUAUAAUCAUAGUAAUAGUAGGAAAAAUAGUAUAAAUAAUAAUAGUAGAAAUGGAUCUUAUUCAACAUUAACUGGAGUAAAUGGUAUAAGUAGUAAUUCACCACCUAGUUCUAACUCAAAUUCAAAUUCAAAUUCACCUUAUGAAAAUUGUCAAAUAUAUCAAUUUCAACCAAGUGAUGAAUCAAUAUUUGAAGAUUUAACAUAUCCUCAUCAACCAAUGUGGUCAUAUUAUUGGUUUAUAUAUAAUAGAAAAAGGAAAAGAGUUACUUUUUUACAUUUAACAGCUAUACAAAUAUUAAAUUUUGAUAAAACAAAACGAAAUUCCAAGGAUAGUAAGGGUGAUGAUAAUGAAUUAAUACAUGAUGAAUAUUAUGAUGAUGAUGAAGAAUAUGAUGAAAAUGAUGAAUAUAUAAAUAAUAAUGGAGAAGAAGUUGAGGAAGAUGAUGAUGAUGAUGAUGAAGAUGAUGAUGAAUUUGAUAAUGAACAAGAAGAAGAUGUAGAAAAAAAUAUUAUUGAUGAAGAGAAUGCUGAUGUUGUUGGUGAUCUCGAAAUAUGA